GUUCGUGUUCUCAUACGUAUCAUAACAAACAGAUGGUUGCUCUUGCUUGCUCGUGUCAUCCAAGGUUGCAUCAGAAUUUUGCACAUUGACUUUCCCUUUUAGCCAUGGGUGUACAUGUAAGAAGUGCGAAUUCAGAGACUGCUACUUCCUUGAUACAAGGAGAUUGGCUGUGAGGUGUGGGAAAUCCUAAAUAUGACUUGAAGAGACGUGCCAUUAAAAAAAUAAAAAAAAGACAGAAGGAUGGCUUUUUCGAAGAACAAAUUACUUUGGCUGUCCAUAUUCUGGACGUAUGUGCUCCUGUCUGUAUUAUGUUUUCCUUCAGUUGUAUCUGCAAGUAAAAAGAGCUCGCACAUGAAAGAAACGAUUAGUAACACUGAGCUUUUGUCUGAAACUGACGAUGAAACUCUGCUGAUAUCAACCUUGGAUGGUGCCCUUCAUGCCAUUACCAAGUCCUCUGGAGCUCACAAGUGGACACUGAAAGAUGAUCCUGUAAUAAUAAAUCCAACAGAUUCUUCUCAACCACCCAUCCCACAGUUCUUCCCCAAUCCACAAGAUGGGUCAUUAUAUAGAUAUACUUUGGGUCGUGGAAGAGAUCCACUAAAGAAGCUCCCAUUCACCAUCCCGCAGCUUGUGGCAAAUUCACCAUGCCGUUCCAGUGAUGGCAUUUUCUACCUUGGUAAAAAAACUGACUCUUGGGUUGGAGUGGACUCUAUUACUGGUGAGAAGCAGCUUGUGUUGGGGAUGGACAUUGUAGACCGCAAGUGCCCCAAACCAUCUCGAAAUACUGUCUACUUUGGUCGCACUCUUUAUAACAUCAUUCUAUAUGAAGCAUCAACUGGAAAUAAGUGGAACAUCAGUUUCUCAGAAUAUGCUACAAGUGGCUCUUCAUCAACAGUGCAAGAUUAUGAUUUGGUUCAUUACACAUCAACUGGUGAAGGAUCCAUCUUGACUGUAGAUCAGAUGACUGGUUCUCUCCUCUGGACACUGGAUCUAGAAUCCCCAUUAGUUGCAAUGUACCAGCUUGGACCUGAUGGAGGACUACAGGCUGUCCCAACAACCACAGUUGCACCGCAGACCUUGAAUCACUUUACAAAAGAAUUCAUGCAUCUGACACAUCACACCCAAGAUGGUUCUGAUGGUCUUCUUAUAAAAAAACUCAGUCCAACAAUCUACAUUGGAGAGUGCAGCUCGGGUGUAUAUGCAUUGCCAGCACUGGUGGAUACAAACACAAUAACUAUUUCACGCAAAGAGUCUCAGUUACUCCUAGAAGGCCCUCCUGGUUUUCGAGGUACAUUAGGUUCUCGUCCGUCACAAACUGCAAGUGAUGCAGAAGAAGAAAAGAAGCCUGAUGUACUAUUACUUGGGUAUUAUGAAGUACCAGAAAAAAUGAAGGCAGACCUGGCUAAGGCAACACCAGAGGAAUUAGCUGAUUUUAAUAAUCAUGUACUGCCCUUAGGCAUCACUCAUGAGAAGAAUGAAACUAAUACAGCAGAGACAACCACUUAUCCUGGCCAAAAAUCCAAAGAGGAAAGGGAUCAUUUAAUAUUAGAUGGCAUGGAGCAAAUAAAAAAGAUGAAUCUUAGUUUUAUAGCUUCAGGAAGAAUGAUCAGAUGGUGGGGAGCCAUUUUUCAAGUAGCAUAUGGAUGGCUUUUUGCUGAUCCUCUCAAUGUACUGGUAGUGAUUCUUAUUCUAGGCCUUGGAGGAAUAGGCAUUCUUCUUUACAAACAGGCCAAGGAUUAUGCACGUCUGUCCCAAGAAAUGUCAUCUCGUAGACUUUGGUCCCAAGGGUCCAAUAAUUCAUCAGGUGGUUCAUCCACCAGUGUCACUGCACAAGUGGAAGAAUUAGAAGAUGGAUCUGUACGUGUAGGAAAAAUAGAGUUUGAUCCUUUGCAGUUACUUGGUAAAGGAUGUGAUGGAACCUUUGUAUUUCAAGGCUCAUUUGAUGGACGCUCUGUUGCAGUUAAGAGAGUGCUUCCAAGGUGCUUCUCAAUCGCUGAUCGAGAAGUAGAUCUCCUAAGGGAAAGUGAUCAGCAUCCUAAUGUGAUCAGAUAUUUUUGCACAGAACAGUGCCGUCAGUUCCGGUACAUAGCAUUGGAGCUCUGUAGUGCAACGCUUGAAGAUUUUGUGCAGGGGCGAUUUAAAGCAGAUAUCAGUGACCAUACCAUCCUCCAUCAAGCAACAUCAGGCUUGCAACAUCUGCAUAACCUAGACAUUGUGCACCGUGAUAUUAAGCCACACAAUGUUCUUCUGUCAAUACCAAAUAAUCGUGGCCAAGUCCGAGCCAUGAUAUCUGAUUUUGGAUUGUGUAAACGGCUGGAGACAGGCCGAAUGUCCUUUUCAAGAAGGUCAGGCAUCACAGGUACUGAGGGAUGGAUUGCCCCCGAAAUGAUGCUAAAUACAUCUCGACCAACCUGUAAGGUUGAUAUAUUUUCACUUGGGUGUGUGUAUUACUACCUCUUAACAAAGGGAAGGCAUCCAUUUGGCUCUGUCCUUGAUAGACAGUCAAACAUCAUUUCAGGGAAAUAUCUACUUGAUGACCUAAAUGAUGAAAAAGAUGUUUGCUGUAGGAUUCUAAUAGAAAAAAUGAUUAGCAGCAAAGCAUCAGAACGCCCACCCAUAACUGCCAUCCAGAAACACCCAUUCUACUGGAGUAAAGAGAAAGUUCUAGGUUUCUUCCAGGAUGUGAGUGAUCGUGUAGAGAAAGAAGGUGGCGACAGUUUGGUCGUUAUGAACCUUGAGCGAGGGAAUUUAGAUGUGGUUCGAGGAGACUGGCGUCAACACAUGCAUGCUGUCAUUGCGGAAGACCUUCGCAGAUUUAGAGACUAUAAAGGAUGGUCUGUCAGAGAUCUCCUCAGAGCUCUUAGAAAUAAGAGAAAUCAUUACCGUGAACUUAAGGAGGAGGCCCGACUAGUAUUUGGUCGUAUUCCAGACGAGUUUGUAUCAUACUGGACAGAUCGGUUCCCGAAAUUGCUCAUCCACACUUGGCUUGCAAUGCAUUGUGUCAAGACAGAACCUAUAUUCACAAAAUAUUAUGAUAUCUUUUAUAACUUUUUUCAGGCUGAGGACUCUGACUCUGAAGUUGAAGAGGCAAUUCAGGAUGAAUUUCUGCAUGAAAAUUAUAGCUUUGCUCCCAAUAACCCUCACUGGACUGAGACCCCAAGAAUGUGGCCUGGCAAUAAUGUACAAGAACAACAGAAUCCCUCCUACAGCAUACUGGAUUCAUUCAUAAAGAGAAGUCCAGGUAAAGGCACUAAUAACAGGGACAAGAGAGAAGACAAAACACCUGUUUGGGUGAUACGCAAACCUCCGAAUACCUUUGAGCCCAGAUUCAAAGCAUCUGAAGUGAGGAGUCCAGGGAAUAUAGAUGGGCCAUGGAGAAGAUUCCCAGAAGAAGCAAAGCAAAAGGAAAAGCUUCAGGAGACCAGAGUUGAAAGUACAACUGCUUCAAGCGUAGAUGUGAGGUCUGAAGAAUUAGAAUCAACAGACAUUGUGAAACCUAGCGUCCAAGCAGAGGAAAGUCAGGGCUGUGAUGAUAAGUUAGAUGACAAAUCUUGCAUUGAUAUAGACAAUCUUCAAGAUGAAGGGAGCAAGAUAGAAGAAAUUCCUCAAACUGAAAAAGAAACUGUCCCUGAUAACAUCCAAGCUAGUCUGCCAGAGAAGCGAAGAGAUGCUUCUCAGUUGCGAUUCCGCCCAGUUAGAACAUCCCCAGAGAAACUGCCACCAGAACCUGAUAAACAGAUCAAAAUAGUAACUGGCACAGGUAAAAAGAAGAAGACAAAAAAUAUUGUUAUAGGUGGAAAUGAAUGAUCGUAAUUUAGAUACUAAACACAGGAUCUGAAAUUUGGCAAGUUGAAAAUUGGAUAUGAUUAUAAAGUGCUCAUCAAAUUUGCGAGUACUUGGUAAUACUACAGCCUUUUACUUUAAAUUUCCAGUAAGUGGCUUAGAUUAAACUUUGUCUACAGUCAAUCUUGAUUUCUCUUACUUUAGAUUUACUGUACGAAGUAGUAUAUUUAAAAGAAUUUUAUGGGACAAUUUUGUAACAAGUAAAAUUUUGUUGGGAUUUGCAGCAGAGGAAAAAAUCUACAUGGCGAGAAGAUUAGUUCAGUUAAAGAAGUUUAGGAAUAUAACCUUACUGUUUAAGAAAAAUAUGUUUUGAUUUGUAAAAUAUUGUAGGGGAAUAUCUGUUAAUAAGUGGACUACCAUUCCAUUAUAAUGGGUAGCAUCAAUGUUUUUCUUCAUAUGACGGGAUCUCUCAUAUAUUUAUCUUGAAUAUUCUUUUAUAAGGUUAAAGAUGAUAUGUGAUAAAACACAUAAAACAAGUGAGACCCUAAUUUUUUGAAGUAAGCAAUUUGGAAACAAAGAAGUAACUAUAUUGAAUGUCCUUAUUUGAUAGCAUAAUGUUAAUUAUGUGGAUAUUUGUUGUAAUGUGGGAAAGUUCUAAAAUCUUGUCCUUGGUAAAUAAAAGGUACACUGAUUUCAUUACAAAGGAUUUAGUGUUUGGAGAGUCACUGGUAAGCAAUCAUAUAUAGUAAAAUGUCAUAGGUUUGUAAACAAACAUUCUAUAUGGUAGUAUUGCUGAUAUACAAGUAAUUAAGUGAAUUAUGUAGUCUCUUUGCUUUUUUACAUUCUUGAUCUUCCUCAUGUAACUAUUAUUUGAUACAAAGAGUUAAUUUUUAACUUUAAUUUGUUUAGUGCUUAAACAUAUUUGAAGAUUUUUUUGAAAAUAUAUGUUUGUAUAUAGUACUGUAAUUUAGCAUGUCAGCUUUCAUGCCAUUAUGAAAAAUGUUCAGUAGAUAUAUUUGUCAUUAUUUACUGUUUGUAGAACAUGUUAUAUCCUUAUGAGUUUUAUGAUCUCAGUUUUCUUGAUAUGAUAAGUUGAGGUAUGCUAUAAUUAUGUGCCUACUAAAUUCUGGGUGAGAACAUUUUGUGAAUUAUACCAAAGUAUUAAAAAAAAUUUAGUCACAGAAAUAUUGUUUGGAGAUUAGAAAUACAUACUGAAUAAUUUACAGUUAUAGUACAGGUUGUUCUUCACUAGUUUUGAACCAGGCAAGAAAAAAUGGCCAAAUUAUACACAAAUUGUAGAUAGUAUCAGAAAUCCAAGGCAACUGAAUAGCAUUAAUCCUUAAGCUAACUUUAGUAGAGAAAAAUAAUCAGAGGUUAGUACUACUAUUUUUUGUAUUAUUAUUUUAAAGAUUAUUAUUAUUGCUGUAUUUAUCCAGUUAUACAGAUCAUUGUUGUGCUCAAAUUCUAAUUGCUACUAGUACUGCACUAGAUGAUUUAUAUUACAAUCCUGAUACACUUCACACAGUAGUAUUAGUUGAAGAUGAUGCCAGUUUGACAAGUAAAGUAUGGUGCAUGAUCCAGUAUCUGUUUAUUAUUGCUAGCAGAUCACUACCAGUGCAUUGAGUUGAUUGGCUGCACUAGAAGUUUGGAUUAUCAAAUGGUGGUUGUAGAUGGUUUCUUAUAUGAGGGUUAGCUAAACCAAAUUUUGGUUCAUUGUCUUUGAUGGUUACUAUUUUUAUUAUUGUUUCUAGGGAUGAGUAACAUGUUUUGUAUGUAUUUGUAUAACUGAUAUUUUGUUCCACCAAAAAUAGAAUGAUAAUUACAGACCUUGACAGUAAUGAUAAAGCUACAGACAUUGGUGCUGUUAUGAUUGUGAGAAUAUAUCUUAUCGUUCAUAUUCAUUAUUUAUUAAUAAUACUCUGGAGAUGAGAUCUGCAGGGUGCUAGGAUUUUACUUUGUUUAUCAAUAUAAACUACAUAAUUAUUUUCUUCAUGUUAACAAAAAAAAUUAAAUCAUAACAGGUGUGAUAAUACAACUGAAGAGAAAUUAUAAUCAAGAAUUGCUAUGGAAUGUUCAGUACUUAAUCACAUUUUGUAUUGUAAUUCAUCUUCAUCAAAUGUAACAUACAUUUAUUUAUUUUUUCUAGAGCUUCUGUGUACAACAGUUUAUAAUGUGUGAUGUGUGUAACAAGAGUGCUAUCCUUGCACAGUUUUUCAGACUUGACUUUUUUGUAUGUGUUUUGAAUUGUGUUCAUGUUUGUUUCACAUGUAAUAUGUGUUUUUAUCAUUUUAGAUGUUCACUACAUUGUCAGCUUUAUCAUUUCAGUUUCUUUAUAUUCAGUUUACUGAUUUGAAACCAAGAUGUCUAUGUUAAUAUACUAAUGAAGUAUUUGUAUAUCAGAUAUCUAUUUCAGGUCAUGAACUUAUUGAUACCUUUUGAAGGGUGAAGAUGAUGCUUUUAAUUCUUAUGGUAAAACUGAUGUAUUUGGUGGAAUUAGAGUGUCAUGCCCAACUGCAAUGCAGUGUGUUAUCAUUUCUGUCCACAAUUAUGUUAAUAUGGAAGAAGUGCAAAAAUGCAUUGAAGUAGGGAAGGGAGUGACAGUGCUUGAUGGGAGUUAUUUGGAGUGUGCACCCUUUUAUUGUGAUAUUUUCUUUAGACAUAGGAUUACAUUUUUGUUGUAAACAUUUGUUUUCACAUCUAGGAUUACUGUAGGAGUAUUGGAAUCAUUAUCACUUGUUUUUGUUCUUUUCAGGAAAGAACAGUAAAAUCAGUAGCUCCAGUUCCCUAUUCGUAUUCAGCAAAGGUCUGUUUGUAUAUCAGCUGUAGAUAAGGGAAAUUGUAUUUAUAUCCUGAGUGGAUGAAAGUUUGUGCAUUGGAAAUGUAUGAAUAAUAUGAUUGGCAAGUAGUGUGAUAAAUAGUACAAUCGUUUGUAAUGGAGUAUGCACAUUGAAGGUUAUUUGAUGUCAACGUAUUGUCCUAUUCCACCAAGAAGGUUGAAUUGAUACUCUCUGUAUACUGUAGUAGGAAGUCAGUGUUUUGUACACAUAGCACACACAGUAGGAUCAAGGGAUUUUAGAAUUGAAAGAUGAUAUAUUAUAGCUCACAUUAUUAAACAAGUAGUAGCUAUAUAUUCUCUAUAGAUUAUAAAAUGGACACUGAAGUGCUGCACAAGUUAACAUAUUUUUAUACUUUUUAUUCACAUGGGUAGUUAGCAUAUAUUUUUAUAAAUAUGUAUUCUAUUCACAUGAUAUAUAUAUAAAUGUGUGUGUUGGAAAUCUGUUUUACAGAGUACACUUUUAUAUAACGAUAUUCAUCUCGGUUAAUAGUAAUAGGCUAUUAAAGAUUGUGACACUUA